GGCGCCCGAGCGCCAGUUUUCGCGCGGGGCGGGUGUUGUCGUUGUCGCAGGUUUCGCGCGACCGAGAGGUGGAGCGUUUCCGCGGGGGAGCCUUGCUCGUGCACGGAGGACCGCGCGAAGAUGCCGCCGAAGAAGCGGGAGAAGGAUCUCGACGGACAGAAGGGACCACGUAUGGAUCAGAUCCAGGCCGAUCACGAGCUAUUUCUGCAGGCCUUCGAAAAACCAACGCAAAUAUACCGGUUCCUCCGCACAAGAAACCAAAUUUCACCAAUAUUUCUGUACAGAAACUUAACGUAUAUGCGGCAACGUAUGUCCAGAAGUCACAAAUCACGACGAGGAUUUAAGAUUGACACGAUUCUGGAUAAGCUGUUAGCGAAAAAGAAACAAGAACAGAAUCUCGGCGUUCGCGGAUAUAUGACUCUUACGUUUCUAGGAUUUUAUGACAAAAGAGUUGAGAUAUCGCAAGAUCCAGUCAAAGUGGAAACAUUGUUGUUAAAAAUCUGCCACAAGAAAAGAAAAGAUGUCAGUUCGCCUAUCAUGCAAGUUUCAGUCGGUACAAGCGAGGUCCCAAUCAAUCCAUCAGAGAGUCAGCCUCCGCCGAAGGCACCCACGAUUUCCAUACCUAACGAAUCUUUUAGCUUAAACAAUGGUCACAUAGCGAAAACUUACAUGCUCUUGCUCAGGGUUUAUUGCAUGUCUAACAAUGGCUGCCUUAUAACUAACUGUGAUUUAGAAGAACCAGCUCAAAAACGUCGUAAAUCAUCUACGGGUUCGAUCAAGACUGCCGGUGAUGAAGUAAAACAGUAUGGCUCGGAGCUCACUGUCUAUGACAAACACAAUCGAUGUUUGUUGACGGAUGGCGAGUAUGAGUUAGGUUUGCAAGAGGUGCAAACCAACGUUAGGUCCAGUCCUAAGAAACAUAAUUCUUGGGAAACUGUAGUCGACAUCAAGGAUUGCGAACCGUUCGAGAUGUUCAAGCAAGGACCGACAUUGAAGUUCCGGCUCAGCUGGACCAUGGAACCAAGCAAUGGUUUAGUGGACAGACCGACGCCAAUACCUUCGAUACCGAGUGGCGACAAUAAAGAAAAUCGAUCAGCCAACGCUGGUUUCGAGCGUUCCUCUUCUGUAAAUCAUAAUAAUAAUAGUAGCACAAACAAUAACAAUAACGCGACACUGCCAACGCCUAGUCCGCUGACACCCUCGAGGAUGAAUGUCUCCAACGAAAAAGUGGACGCUAACGCUAACGCUAACGGAAUUCAGCAGAUAGUCUAUCAAUUUUUGUACAAUAAUAACAGCCGGCAACAAACGGAGGCCUGCGAAGAUCUACACUGCCCCUGGUGCUCGUUGGAUUGUGGGAAACUGUACUCUCUAUUAAAGCACUUAAAACUGUGUCACUCGCGAUUCACAUUCACAUACGUGCCAAUUCCACAAGGUGCCCGAAUAGACGUAGCAAUAAACGAAUGCUAUGAUGGUUCGUAUGCAGGUAGUCCUCACGAAUUAAUUUCACAACCAUCUAGUGUACCUUUUUCAAGGACAGGACCAACCAGGCGCACGAGCGUGACAAAUAUUUUGGUGUGCCGUCCGAAAAGAACGAAACCAAGCCUGUCCGAGUUUCUAGAGCUCGAUGAAAACGAGUUUGAGAGCCAAAGACCUUAUAUCACAGGUCACAAUAGGCUAUAUCAUCACACCGUAACGUGUCUGCCUAUAUAUCCCAAAGAGAUGGAUAUCGAUUCCGAAGGUGAAAACGAUCCCAAGUGGUUGCAAACAAAGACGAUGAUGAUGAUCGACGACUUUACGGAUGUGAACGAGGGUGAGAAGGAACUGAUGAAGAUGUGGAACCUGCACGUGAUGAAGUACGGGUACGUGGGAGACUGCCAGAUACCACUAGCUUGCCAAAUGUUCUUAGAGAGUAAGGGAAAGGAGUUGCUCAUGAAGAACCUCUAUCGCAACUUUGUGCUGCACAUGUGUAGUCUAUUCGAUUUCGGUUUGAUCAGUCCGGUGAUACUGUACCAGACCAUACAAAAACUGCAGGAGAUUAUGAAAGAGGGCGGCGAGGACGGAGACGUACGUAGAGUAUUACAAAAGUCGCACGAGGCUCAGGUGGAUCAUUGGAGAGCUGUGGGUUCACAAUCGAUGCAGCAGGAUGCCUUCAAGAUCGGCGGCAUGUCGAGCGGUGUUAAGAUUAGCUUCGGCAAUGAUGGCUCGUCGAGCUCGUCGACAAACGCUAGACGGAAGAUGACCGCCUCGUUGCCGUUGAGCUCACCCAGUUCGCAAAACGCCAAGAGCAUGCACAGUAAUGUGCACAAUGGUACAUAAAUGGCAUUUAAGUGCCAGCGUAAUGGCAUGUCUCGUCGUCCUCGUCGAGUAGCAAGACUCAUUCACGAUAGUUCGAUGCGGAAUUCCGUUUAUCGGUGGAAGUUCUGCAGGUGCGAUCUCCUUCGACACGGGACAUCCCGGACUAAGAUCGCGAUCGUCCAAUGUGUGGCGUUAUCCGAUUAGAGUGAAAAUUGGAAUACCAUUGAAUGAUGAUCCGCUAGCAAAUGCGCAAAAGUACAAACUGUAUAGUGCAAGUGACGAAGAAGGCACAGCAGCGCGAUACUACGCUGCAAAUCGUCGCAAGCUGAGCGAGAGAAUACCACCGAGUCACCAACGGCGAAAAUUGGUCCUGGACGCGAUACGCCGGCGGCGAACAUCGCUGCCAGCCAGAAACCGUCCGCGAAUGGAGGUAGCUUUCAAUAUAGCUACUAACGUCGGCAACAAUAAGACCGAUCUCGCGUGUUUGUAAUGCAAAUUGUACUUUUUUUCCUUUUUUUUGUACAGUAUUUGUUGCAAGUAAUAUAAAUAAGAUGCAAUGAAAUUAUUAAAUGAUUAUCGUUCUAGUUAGAUUCGAUUUUCAAGAUUUAAUUUAAAGCUGUAAAUGAUUAUACGUAUAUAGACGAAUCGAGAAUAGAGAAAACGGGGAAGAGGAUACCCGGCGAAUGACUCUAUCCUGUUCGUCUCUGUGUCGAUGACUCCGAUCGCGAACAAUAAACGAACGAUGCCUCUCGCGGGCGUGCAACUUUUAUCUAACUUAUAUACAUUUUUUCCUCUUUUUUUUUUCCUCUAGUCAGUGACGUUUUAUUACUUCGCUCUUUUUUUAAAGAUUUUAUAUUUACAUUUUUCCGAUAGAUUUUUUUUCCGAUAUAUCUGCAACUAAUCCGUAAAACUCGCGAAGUUGCUAUGUUUCAGAAAUAACGCAGAAUCAUUUUGUCACACGUUGUAGCAAACGAACACGAAGAACAAAGGAUCUCAAGAUUUAAAGAAUACUUUCUCGAUUUUUUUUUUAAUUUUCUGGAGGCACAAGUAAAGCAUAAAAUUUUAUUCUCCGCUUACGCGAGAUAACUCGAAAUCACAAAACGUUCUAUACACAUAUCGAUAGAUUUUAUAUAGCGGAUUCUAUAUAGCAAAUUGAUCGUAGUUGAAUGUUAUGAAUUUUCUAUCGUUUUGAUUUUUUUGAAGAGGUAAGGAGG